UUUAGCCGUGCGUCAAGGCCCGGUCGCCAUUUUGAAAUUUCGCGCGCCAUUUUACAAUAGCCAUCUUGGGGCAUCGACUUUUGAAAUGGCAAAGAUUAGUUGCACUCCUUUCUGUGACAGCAAAAAGCCAUGCCCCAAGCAUCACGAGUUGCUGGUAUCUUUGCUGAACUAUGCCGAAAGAGGCCCGAAUUGCGAUUAUUCUCAACAAAAUUUCGAGAAAGUCCUGAGUGCGAAUUUGAAAAACGGUUGGAGGAAAGAUGAUGUUGUUCCCGAUCCAGUCAAAGAAUUCCAGUUUCCUCUUAUUCACUGGGCAACAGUUUUAGGUAAAGCUAAAGCUAUCGAAUUGCUAAUACAAAAAGGCUUUAACCCUGCCAUCCAAGCUGAGGAGACUAAAGAGACCGCUCUUCACCGCUUUGUGCUCUGCCUGAAUCAUCUAGCACUCGGGCCUGCGCAUAAGAUAUCCCCGCGCAAAAUUAACAUCAUCAUCUCCUGUCUUGAGAGCUGCCUUACAUUGAGAGAUUCUGACGGCGACACACCUCUCCUUGUCGCAGCUAAAACACUAGUUGCUGGACGAAAGCCCAUUUAUUUUGAAGAGUGCAUUGAGGCUAUAGUUGGUCAUAUAACAAAAAACAGCCCAACUAAGUUAGCUGAGAUACUGAACAUUCAAGAUUUAGACGGGAACACUGCAUUGCAUAUCCUGGCUAGAAAUGAUAUCUCCUUUGUCACCCUGCGUACACUUCUGCAGGCUGGGGCAGAUGCAAGUAUUGUCAACUUCAAUUAUGAAACUCCUUAUCAAGUUGCUCUUGCUUGUGGAUCCACUAGAAAUGCAAAGUUGCUUGACAGCCAUAGAGAAAAGAAAAGCCAUUAUUCGGCUACAGGAAGUUUUGAUGGCUCAGUAGAAGAACACAUUUCAGAAGGAGCACAGGAAGAUACCCCAGAGUCUCUAAAGGAUAAUCAAGAAACUUGCAGUGAAGAACUGCCAUCUGAAGCUAGAUCAGAGUGUCCAGAUGAUGAAAGACUGAUUCAACCAGUUAGACCAGAGCAGGCCCCAGCUAGUAGCACGACUGGCAUCAAUAAUGCAUUGCGUACUGGGGGUGUGUCUCCUACUAGUAGUGCUACAGGGGUUGAUAAUCUUACCCAUGUUGGGAGUGUACCUACCUGUACGUCCUCUGGAGGUCUUAUCUGUACCUGUAUCGUCAAGAAGGAGUAUGACUCCCCUCAGAAAGAUAAGCUACAUCAAAAUUGCAUGUUGUCAGCUCAAACUUCACCCGGAAGUGAUGGAGUUAUAUUAGAGUUCCUCCGGGGGGCAGGCCUGCUGGACAACGUCAAAGAACUAGCAAUGCAAACCAAGUCUAAAGAUGAGCAAGACCUGCAUCGCAAAUUGCAGGAAAUUCAAGCCACACAAGGUGACAUGGAAGAAGCCCAGAGGGAAAUUGAAAAGAAGAAGACUGAAAUAGAGAAAAUUAAGGCGGAGCUUGAAGAACUGCAACAAAAAACAGUGACCCUAAAUAGAAAACGCAAAAGUUUGAGCUCUGAGUGCAGCCAGUUGCAGAAAAAACUUCAUUAUUGUGACUCUGUCCUUCAGGUUGUGCCACCUGGUAACAAUAAUGCCUCCAAUACUGAAUCUGCAAAUUCUCCCCACUAAAGAAAUGUAUCACGAGGUACUAAGUUCUCCUUAAGAUCUGUGCAAUGAGGGACCGAGAUGGCUUUUAUACUGAAUCUGCAAAUUCUCCCUACUGUGGUUACGCCACAAAGUACUGAUGAGUUUGCAAGUUCGCCUUACCAAAGAGCCUUUGCCAUGAGGUACCAAUAAUGGCUCUAAUACUGAAUCUGCAAAUACUCACCACUAAAGCAUUGUGCCCCAAGGGGUAGAUGAAUUUGCAAGUUCUCCUUACGAAAGACUUUUGCCAUGUGGUACAGACAAAAAGUGCGUGUUGCACUGUAAAAACGUUUUUUUAAUGCACAAGUAGUUUCCUAACAAUAAUUUGCUCUGUAACUAACUAUUUUACUUGUCUUUACCACAACUGUGAUAAACGUUUCUUCAGGUGUGUAGCCAGAAUUUGCUAAGGGGUACCUUUGGGGGCCGCCCCCAGUGCAACUCCCUGCCCUAGCUAGAUGCCUGCUCAAAGUAUAGAUGUAUGCACAUCUCGUUGUGGUUCCACCCCUUUCUAACCCCAUCUGCAAUUGUUUUGGGACAUAACCAGAUGAUGCAUGACUUUAGGGACAUCUUAUGCCAGCGGAAAUAAUUUCAAAGAUAAUUACUGUAGGAGUUUGGUGCUUUAGUUGAGAAAAAUGAAUUUCCCAAGAAGCAUAAGGCAAUUCAAGGAAAAAAAACACCCUAAGAGACUCCCACCAUCUCCUGGAAAUUGGGGCACAUGUGGAAAGAGUGGGGGAAUUGGAGGUGUCGGGGCAGCUAGUGUUAUUUCUGGGACCACACGCAUUCAGGAGAUUUGCUAAUUGCACAUUGAUGGGAUCGCUGGACUUUAUUUGUGAAUGAUUUUAAGCACACUUUGCCAUGGUUUUUUGAGAACGCUUUUGUAAUGAGGUGUGUAUAUAGUAAUUAGUAAACGCCUAUUUCAAUAAUAGUUAUUAAUAGAUGAACAAUAGUUAUAAACUAGUUUAUACUUUCGUUUCAUCUUGUAUUCAUGCUGUUAUUUCUCAUUAGCGAUCGGAAUUACCCUUUGCCACCUAGACUGAAUAAUAAAAUAGGUCUAUAACAUGAUGCAAAUAACAGGGCCUUAGCAGGGUAUGGAGUGCCCCAAAAAUUUUUCAAAAAUUAUAAGGAAAUGACCACGAUUUUCUUGAUGAUUCGGUACCGUGCCCCCCCCCCCCCCCCCCCCCCCCCCGAUAUUUCAAGGCCUGCUACGGCUCUUUGAAACCAGUCAUAAUUAUCAGAUAACAAGAUAACAAUGUUUUAUUUUUCUUUCACGUACUCGAAAAGUUCCAAUUGAUAUUCGGGACGGCAAGAACGUUAACAAUAUUCACUACAAUAUUCUAACGAAAGAACACUUUGUCACCAAUAAAAAGUGCUGACACAU